CACCUUCCUUAGAUUUGCAGAAGGCAUUUCUCAUUGGACCUCGGUCUGCAUUUGACAUUGGAUGCUGACUCCAUCCUGGAGUUUUAACAGAAAAGCAGCUCCUUGGGAUUCAAGAAUUUCAUUGGGUCAAUUGCUCUCAUCAAUUGAAACCUGUACACUCUGGGCAGCGAUGGAAGCCUAGAUGCCUCACCGCAAGGAGCGGCCGAGUGGGUCCACGCUUCACGCACACAGCAGUGCCGGCACCACGGAGGAAGGAAGCAUGUCCCGGUUGUCUCUUACCCGGUCGCCCGUGUCUCCCUUGGCUGCCCAGGGGAUUCCACUGCCCGCCCAGCUCACCAAGUCCAACGCACCUGUGCACAUUGACGUCGGCGGCCACAUGUACACCAGCAGCCUGGCCACACUCACCAAAUACCCCGACUCCAGUAUUCCCAAGGUGUUUGAGAGAGAUCAUCCCCUAAUCGGUUGGCAGCAUUUAAUAAGCCGACUUUUCAAUGGCACUGAGCCCAUUGUCCUGGAUAGUCUGAAGCAGCAUUACUUCAUUGACCGGGACGGGGAGAUCUUCCGCUACAUCCUGAGCUUCCUGCGGACAUCCAAACUGCUGCUCCCAGACGACUUCAAGGACUUCAGCCUGCUGUACGAGGAGGCGCGCUACUACCAGCUGCAGCCCAUGGUGCGCGAGCUGGAGCGCUGGCAGCAGGAGCAAGAGCAGCAGCGCCGCAGCCGGGCCUGCGACUGCCUGGUGGUGCGCGUGACCCCUGACCUGGGUGAGCGGAUCGCGCUCAGCGGCGAGAAGACCCUUAUCGAGGAGGUCUUCCCGGAGACCGGGGAUGUCAUGUGCAACUCCGUCAAUGCCGGCUGGAACCAGGACCCCACACACGUCAUCCGCUUUCCGCUCAACGGCUACUGCCGACUCAACUCUGUGCAGCAGGUGCUGGAGAGGCUGUUCCAGAAGGGGUUCGGCAUGGCUGCCUCCUGUGGCGGGGGGGUGGACUCGUCCCAGUUCAGUGAGUAUGUGCUCUGCCGGGAGGAGCGGCGGCUGCAGCCCACCCCAACAACCAUCCGGAUAAAGCAGGAGCCCUUGGACUAGGCCCUCCUGAGUGCCACCUGAGGCCCCUGAGACGCGGAAACGGCUGAGCAGCUCUGCCCUGAGCACGUUCAGCGGUGAGUGUGAGACUGAGGGUGGGGCCGGAGGGCCCUGAGUGCCACAGCAACAGAAGGCGCGGUACUGGAGACAAGCCCCCCCACCAGUGGACCAUUGGUGUGGCCCCAAGAGGCCAUGGCAGGAACUCGUGGUCCGGGGGCUCCUGACCUGGACAGCAUCAGAGACUGGGAGGUGCCACCGCCCUACCCCAAGAGCUGCUCACCUGUCUCCGCUUGCGCCUGACUCUGGUGGGUCUCCUCGCAUCAGAAAUGGCUUAUUUUUCUACAGUAUUGAAAAGGAAGGUAGCCGGAUCUGCACAUACCAGAGAGACCGACAGGACCAACGCUUCUGUCGCUGGUACUCAGUUCUCAGUCAGAUGUGCAGCAUGCUUGAGUGUCACUCAGGCCAGGACUUCUGCCCGAGCUGGGCCUGUGACCCUUGUGGCCCCUGUGAUGGGGAGUCGGGCGGGGCAGGAGUCAGGCUGGGUGGCUCUGUAGUUAUCAGAGAGCUACGCUUGGGCCACUACUAGUGGCUCAGGCCCCAGCUGUCUGGGCCACCGGACCUAUCCUGACCCACAGGGGUGUCCAGUCCUAUGUGCACAUUCCCACUUGGGCUCCACGUGCAGAGCAAGUGCAGGCCCCCACCCUCUGACCUCAGGAAUGGGCGCCAGCGUGAAGGAGCCCAGCUGCCAGCAGCGUCCUUUGGGUGCCCAGCUCAGGAAGCCGUCCCUAGCUCUGUGUUUUUUCCCAUAUUAAUUAUGCACACUGAAUUUUAAUUGAACUGUCGUUAACACCAGCCUGCCAAUGAGAAAGAGUUGGACACAGGCUCUUGACUCCUGAUCCCCACGAGGACUGGGCCCGAGGGCUCCUCGCAGACCUGCUGCCUCACUCUUGGCCUUGUCACAUGAGCUGUCGUAGGUCCCCUCCCACUGGUUCCUUGGGAGGAGCAGCUAC